UUCUCCAAAAACAAAAAAAAAAACACAAACUUGCAGCAGAGCAGAAGACCAAACCAGGAGAAAACAUUUGACCCCGCGAAGAGAAGUACGAAGCAAUUUCAAGAAUGCAAAGACCCUCGAAGAGAUCCAAAAUAGGCGAAGCUCCGGCAGCGACCCUCUUCUCACAGCCGGGAAUUUCACCGAUGAGAUUGACCCAAGAUCAGGAGUCGGCUGUAAUGGUUGCUGCUCUCAGGAACGUAGUUUCUGGCACCAGCUCAACUGAUUUUUCAAGGGAGUUAAAUAGUCUUAAUGUGCCGAUCACCACUUCAUAUUCACAAUUUGGAAGUAGAAGCAGUAACGGGAAUGGUUUUUGCAUCUCGAUAUGGCCUCCAUCGUCGGAUCUUGACACGUGUGCUGUUUGCAAAAUCAAAGGCUGUUUAGGAUGCAACUUUUUCCCGCCAGAUCAAGAAGAUAAAAAAGACGACAAGAAAGGGAAAAGAAAGAGAGUAAAGAAAAAUUACAGAGGUGUAAGGCAACGGCCAUGGGGGAAAUGGGCGGCAGAAAUAAGAGAUCCGCGGCGGGCUGCAAGGGUUUGGUUAGGGACGUUUAGCACAGCGGAGGAAGCGGCAAGGGCCUAUGACAAGGCCGCCAUUGAUUUUAGAGGGCCAAGAGCUAAACUCAAUUUUCCAUUCCCUGACAGUGGUAUUUCUAGUUUCGAAGAGAGUAAAGAAAAGCAAGAAAAACAAGCAAAGCAGCAAGAAAUAAGCGAGAAGAGAAGUGGAUUUGAAGCGGAAAUGGGGAAAGAGAGUGAGUUCUGGGAUAAGAUUGGGGAUGAUGAGAUACAUGAACGGAUGAUGAUGAUGUUGGAUUUUAGCAAUGGGGAUUCUUCAGAUUCUACUGGCACUGCAAGUGCUGCUACUAUCGGGAUUUGAUUACUUUUUCCUAGUUUCUUGAUUUUAAUUUUAGUUUCCUAAGAAUGGUAAUUGUAAGAAUAUUCUUUUUGUUCUUUUGUUUUUUCAAGAAAGAAUCCUCAAGUAGCUGGUCACAGAGCGUUAACUUGUACAACUCUCACCAUACAAUUUAUGAAGUAUUGUACUAAUUUCUUGCUCUUAGCAGCACAGAGAAUUGAUGAGACAAACAGUUCUUCUGUA